CUCCACUACCAUCACACUGAGACUUGUCCUUCGCCAACACCAAAGCGACGGACGACAUCAAGCAAAGCAUACCAAGCCACAAAGCAUCCUUCUUCCAUCACCUCAUUUACAUCGCGCCGCCAACUGAUGGUCGAUACUGAGCCUAGCCCCCCUGAUAUAUCGUCGUCUCUGCGCCGCCGCCACCAAAGCCAAGGACCAUCGUCUAAUGGCCGCAACUAUCAACCCUUGAUCGCCCAUCGCAAAGACACUCGCAAGUUCAGCGUCAAGCUCUCAUCCAUCUCCAUCUUUGGCUUCGCACUCCUCUUCUUCCUCGCCCUCUUUGCGCCAGCCAACGCUAGCGUCCUCCCAGCACCAGCUCCCAAAGAUGCCAGCAUUCACAGCAACGACUUCGCAGCAGCGUCCGCGCUCAAUACCUCGCGGUCUACGAGCGAUGCAGCCACCUUCAUGACCACAGGCAAUGCACGCGAUCAGAUCAUCAAUGCCAUUUCAGCCGCCAGCGCCACAAGACGCGACCCCUCCCGCACUCUCAUCCGCCGCGCCGAGUCGUCCCCAGCCAACACCUGCAGCUGCGGCGAAGAGUCUCUUUCCCCGGGCGCAAAGGCCGGUUAUGCAAUCGUCGUGCCCAUCCUCGUCAUUCUCUCAGGUAUCUUCGCUGGUCUCACGCUGGGUUACAUGUCCCUCGACGAGACGCAGCUCCAGGUUCUCGCGUCGACCGGGACUGAGAAGCAAAGGGAGUAUGCCCGCAAGAUCAUUCCCAUUCGCAAGGAUGGACAUUUGCUCCUUACCACACUGCUGAUCGCCAACAUGAUCACCAACGAGACGCUGCCCAUCGUGUCGGAUCCGCUCUUUCCAUCGCCCGUCCUGGCCGUCGUCGUAUCCACCGUCUUGGUCAUCAUCUUUGCCGAGCUGGUUCCCCAGAGUGUAUGCUCGCGCUACGGCCUCGAGAUUGGAGCGUACAUGGCUAUCCCCACGCGGAUCGUUAUCAUCGGACUGUGGCCAAUCGCCUUCCCCGUCUCGCGCGUCCUCCAUUGGACCCUGGGCCCUCACCAUGGUAUCGUCUACAGGCGCGCAGAGCUCAAAGAGCUCGUCACCAUGCACGCUGCUUCUGGCGGGCGUGGAGGAGACUUGGUCGGAGACACCGUAAUGAUGGUCGGCGGGGCUCUGGACUUACAGGAAAAGGUCGUAGAGCAGGCCAUGACGCCCAUCGACAAGGUCUUCAUGCUACCCUUCGACGCCAAGCUAGACUACCCGACACUGCAGCGCAUCGUCCGUUCAGGUCACUCGCGCAUUCCCAUCUACCACGAGGUUGAGGUGGAAGUCAACCAAAACGCAAGCGGCGCCACCACCCCAUCGAAGCGCGGCAAGAACUUCUUCAGUGCUCUAGCACGUCGCAAUACCGGCUCUCUCUCUAGCAGCAACGAGAAGUUUAACCCCGCCCACCCAGGUCACUCCUCGCCCAACGCCCUCUCUCUCACCUCCACACCAACCACGAUCAAGCGUAAGAACAUCAUCGGCACCCUUCUGGUCAAGUCGUGCGUCCUUCUUGACCCAGAAGAUGCAGUCCCCGUUAGCGACAUGACGAUCAAUGCUCUGCCUACCGUACCGUUGGACGAGCCCCUCCACAACGUUCUCAACGCUUUCCAAGAAGGCCGCAGUCAUAUGGCCAUCGUGACCAGCCUUUCUCGCAAUGAGAGCAACGUCGCGCUUGACCCCUCAUCGACGAGCACGCUUCUGGUCAAGAAGAACAAUCGCCUCGCAUCGGGUGGCGCUGGCGGCUUGAAAGACAUUGAUGAGGAGGCGCACCUGGAGACAGGGACCACGCGAACUCGCCGAGCCGGCAGCUCCUCGUCCACCACGGCCGGCAGUGACGCCUCCAGCGGCGGUGAGGGGAACAAGCUACGCUCCUUCUGGAAGAAGCACUUCAGCAGCGAAGUCAGCAACGAGCAGGUCGUGCCCGCCGACGCUGAGCUCGGCUCCUCGGACGAGAAGACAUUCGUCCCCGCCGACUCUGCCGUCGCGGCUAAGAAGCUGCCCCCAGGCCCUCGUCAUCCACGCGGCGACAUCCUCGGCAUUAUUACGCUAGAGGAUGUGCUCGAAGAGCUCAUCGGCGAAGAGAUUUACGAUGAGUACGACCCGCACGAGGGUGAUGAUGGCGAGAACGGUUGGGGCAACAUCUCACCCCCGCCUAGCCCUGGUGAUGCCUUCGCCAAGCAUACGGAGGGAGGAACGGAUCCUAAGCUGAAUGCGGCAAAAGACAUGGAGCUGACGCUUCCCCCGGCUGCCGUUGCUGCUGCGGAGGAGAAGCAGGACAAGGCAGAGAGCCAGGCGACUACGCAGCAAGAGAAGCAGACUCAACCUCCGAAGACACUACUCAAUCGACUGGGACUGACGGGACGACCCAAGGGAAGCGCAGGAAGCGGAAGCAGCGGCGCUGGUCCUGGCACCGCCACCGCCACCGGCACUGCUGGCAAUAGUAGUCCGGUCCCAGCAGCACCGACUGCAGCUCCUGUCGUUAUCGAGCCCUCUACAGAUGCUCCCACGACCUCACCCGUUCCCAUGUCCCCCGCUGAAGGCGACGAGAGGGAUGUCCCCGCAGCCACAACCGCCGCCACCCGCAGCGGCAGUGGAAGCGACUACUUCGGCCAGUCCAACAACACUGAGGAAGGCUCUGCACCUCAACAACGGUCAAAUUCCCUGGGUCCCACUCCUGCACGCUCCGGCACUGGCACAAUCACGCCUGGCGGGCUGGUCUUCAUGCCCCCAAGCUCCGCAUCUCGCCCUACUACACCUGGCAUCCAAGCAGGCAGUAAUGCUCCGCUCGCCACUCCGCAACCCAACAGACCAAUCGUGCUUCGCAAGACGGUCCCCGGUGGAGGGACGCAGAACGUCAUUGUUGGGGAGAACAUGCUGAGAGGAAGACCCGCUAAUGCUGCCGCUGCGCUCAUGGCUCAGCAAGGUGGCGGUGCCCAGGCUGCUGGCGCCACCGGUCAGGCCACGACAGGCGUGACUGAUCCUGCCGCAGCUGGUGCGGGUGGAUCCGCAUCCCGCAGCUCCACCCCGAAGCCGAGCCGCUUCAAGUCUACACCCGUACAGCACGGCAUCGUAGGCAGCAGUGGUCCCCCCGGCACAGGAUCCGUUACCGGAGCCGGGACUACCGGAGGUGCUAUGGCGGCUGCAGCGAGGGCUAGGUCGAGGUCCAAGAGCCUUGAGCCUCGCGCUGGUAGUGCGCCUGCGCCUGCUGUUGCGUCUUCCCAGCAGGAAGGAGAGCAGGAGGAGGGUGAUGAGCAGGCGGUGGUUAAGGACGAGGUGGAGGAAAAGAAGGCGGAGUAGAAUGAGCCACUCCCGAGCCCUUUCUCUUCGAUCAUCAUGACCUCUCAAGCACUGUCGACUUCCUCCUGGUACAUUCAUUUCUUUUGCAUCCUCAUCUUCGACCUCUGUCCAUCCAUACACCUCUUUCUUUUCGUCCUACGACCAACAUUGAAUCGCAUUCGCGCCUUCGUCCCUUG